AUGAUUCACUGUCUGCUUCUCCUGGCAUUGGUCUGCACGGUCCUCGCCACAGCAGAUGCACAAUCACAAACAUUUGACCGGCAGGAUCGGGAUUACCGUCCGUUACAGUUCGGCAAGCGAGAUGGCUACCGACCCCUGCAGUUCGUUCGGCAAGAGAUCGCCGCUAGCCAGCGCAUACCUCGUGCCAGUUCUGUGAUUGUCCGUCAACACCACAGUUCCGAGUCGGUAUCGUUACUCCUCCCUCCCACCUCUGUAACUCUAAUGUUGCGACUGGAAAUAAAAAAAUGUUGUUAA